CACCAUGGGUUUAGAGUGGUCAGAAGGCUCUUCAGAGUGUGUCAUUCAUAUUUCUUGGCUCCUGGACAAGCAAGAUAGUAUUUAUUAUUUCAGAAAACAGUUACGAGACUUAUUUGCUUGAAAUUUCCGUUGGGUCUUUUGCUUUGCCUCAAUAAUGUGAACUCAUUAACCACCUGUUGAAUCGGUGAGCAUCUUUGUUUACACUUAGCGUAGCUAUGCUAGCUAGUUUACAGUGCUACGGUUAGUGUCACUAAAGUUCAACUUCUCACUUCAUAUUACGGCUAUAAAUGAGUUCUGUAUCUUUACAGACGUUCAAACAAGUUGGAAAGGGCGCUUAAGUAUCUUAGCGUUUAAAGCAACCUCAGGUUAUUACAAUGAUUUGUUGACAUGAGCUGCCUGAAGAUCAUUUUACUACAGAGACACUGGUGUGAUGUUUGAGGACGAGGAGACUUUAAUUGAAUAUGUGUCCAGUUUAAGAAGUCUACUUCGUUUGACGGAGCCCUGCAGAGUGUUAGCCAACAAAAGAGUCUGGCUCGGUAAAGACCGGGUCAAUAGAGAUGGACUCUCUUCUGACAAGGAAGAGGAUGGGCUGUGUCCGUCAGGAGAAUGCCAGUGACCUUGAAGCUGUACAGCUGGAACUAUCCACUUCCCAAAAUCAGGUCCACCUCAGCGGUGCCAGGGUUGGGGUGAAAAACAAUGUGACUCUCAUGCGUGAGCAGAUUCAUCAUCUUGAAUCAGAGCUGGUGGCUCUAAACAAACAACUAAAGGCAGCAGAAAUGAGGGCAGAUUGUAGUCAGGAAGCAGCCGCCCACAGUGAAAUGGUGGUGGUGACUCUAACUGAGGAGCUAAACACCCUCAGAGAUGAGCUGGACAACAAAACCUCACUGAGCAAACGAGCUGAGCAGCAAAGGAACCAAGCACUUGAAAAUGCAGAGAAACUGAAAGAAGCCUUCAAUGAUUACAAAGCCACAAUUUCCAUAAAACUUAAAAAGGUAACGGAGAGUGAGAGCAAACUAAAACAAAGUCUCACUGAGUGUGACAGAGAAAAAGAAGAGUUGGAAAUGAAGUGUUCUGUGAUGGAGAGAAAAACAAAAGAGCAGAGUGAAACAAUUAGCCAGAUGAAGGAGGAGGUGAAGCAGGCCAAGGCUUCAGUCUCUGAAUGCUCACACCUCCAAGCCCAGCUGGAGGAGGCCGGACGAAAGGUGUGUCACCUGGAGCGGCAGCUUGUGGAGCGGGUGGCGGACUGCAGAGACCUGGCCUCUCUGCGCCAGGAGCUGGAUGAUCUACGGAACCAGGAGCAGAGGAUGGCCCAGACCCACAGAGAGGCUCAGCAGGUCCAGGCAGAGCUGAGCAGUCUGGAGGCCAUUCUGGCUCUGCUGCAUCUACGACAGGGUGAUGUGGGACCCCUGUGUGUUAGACCCUGCCUCUUGCCCCCAGUUGACUAUUUAGGAGCUGCGCACACCCUGAAGCUGAAACCAGGCGAGGGCUACCAGCAGCUGCUGCGAGCACUGCAGUCGAUGGAGGCCGAUCGGACCAAACACAGUCGUAUGGUGGAGAGGCUUCAGGAGCGUCUGAGUAGAGCCCAGGAGGAGAUCUCCUCCCUGCAGAGCUCCAUGGCCCAGAGAGCCUCCCACUACCAGAGCCUCCACACAGAACUGAUGGACAAAGUCAGCCAGGCCACAGACACAGAGAAAGAUUUAAAAAGAAAAAGUGCACGUGUGGCAGCACUGGAGAAACAGUUACAGGAGAAGGCGUCUGCCUACAGUCAGGCUGCGCUGAAGAACACAGAGUUGGAGAAUCAGUUACAGGAGAAGACGAGUGCUCUUCAGCAUUACCAGUCACUGAUGAGCAAAAAGCAAAGAGAGUACCAGCAAACUUUGGACAAGUGUAAAAAAUCACAAGUUCAACAAAACACGGAGCAGCAGCACCGGAUAGAAGUGCUGCAGUUGUCUGUUGAAGAGGCCCAGUCUCGGGUUUUGGAAAUGGAGCAGGAGCUGAGCUCACUCCAAACAGAGCGAGACGAGGUGCAGAAUGCAGCUCUCCUGCUGCAGUGUACGGUGGAGCAGCUCACACAGGAGAAGCAGGUUGAAGUAAGACGCAAUGAGGAGCUGCUUCAGAGUCUCAAAGAGCAGGCUGCCAAGGUGUGUGAGCUCCAGUCGUCUUUGUCAUUGUGUAAAGAAGAUCUGAACUCCUGCCAACAGCAGAUGGAGGAGAUGAAGAAGAACUAUGAGAAUGAGCUGCAGAGGAGUAAUGAUAAGGUGUCAUCUCUGCAGGAGAAGCUCCACAGCAGCACUCUGGAUUGUCAGAGUUCCAGUGAACAGAACCUGCAGCUUCAGCUUUCCCUCCAGCAGCAGCAGACCAUGUUGACCGAAAGCACGACUCGCAUCUCAGAGCUGGAGGAGAGUCAGAGCCAGCUGCAGAAACAGGUGUCUGGUCUGGAGCAGCAGCUGGAAAAGGCCCGGGUGUCUCUGCAGGAUGAGGUGAGGAACAGGGAGCUGGACAUCCUGGAGACAGACAAAAGUCUACAGGAAAUGAAGAAAGAUAACACACAACUGUCCCAGUCUGUCAGCCAUCUGACUUCAGAGAUGACAAAGUGUCGCGUUGAACUGGUGUCGAAAGAGUCCGAGCUUCAGCAGCUGAAGAAAGAUGUCGCUGUCAAGACGAGUCAGAUCAGCCGCAUGGAGGAGAGUCUGCAACACGUAAAGACCCUCCUCGACAGCAAGACCGACAUGGUGGUGGAUCUGGAGGAGAAGCUGCACCGCUGUGAGGCAGACCGGCUGAACUCCAUCCAGCGGGUCCAGGUCUUGGAGGAGCAGCUGCAGGCGGUGCAAGGUGAACUGGCCGACACCCUGGAACAGCUACAGGAACUCAGGGACGUUCUGCAAAGAACACAAACCAUCGCUGAUGAACACCAAGCGUCUGUGGAAAAACUGACUGUCCAACUUAGUGAAAGCCAGAGGGAGUUGGAGGAGAGGACUCACGAGGUCCUGGACAUGGACAAUGCCCUGAAGGAAAGACAGGGGGAGCUCCAGCAGAGAGCAAAACUGUUGGGCCAGUUGGACGUGGCUAUCCGAGAGCACAAGCAGGAGAUGGAGAGAAAGGUGGAGGGUCUUCAGCAGAGUCUGGAGGCCAAAGAACGAGAGCUGACAGACACACAGAGGCAGCUCCUAGACAGACACACACAGGAGUCGAAGGAGCUGGUCCAACAGCUGCAUGUAUGUCAACAGAAACUCCAAACUCUGGCCCAGGAGUUAAAAGAAACUCAGCAUCAACGAGAAGCUCUGAGGAAAGAGCUCGACACCACCAAACAACAGCAGAAGGAGAAGGAUGUUCGUCUGAGUCGUGUGGAGGAGGAGCUGGUUCUGAAGGGGACCCUCUGGGUGCAGUCGGAGGCCCAGCUACAGGGCAUGAUCACCUCCUUAGAGCAGGAGCUGGAGCUGGAGAGGGAGCAGCACAGCAAGGAGUUGGACUCUCUGCAGCAGACUCGAGGCCAGCUGCUCAAAGUCUCCGAGCAAAUCUCAUCCACCAUGCGAUCGUCCCAGGAGCAGCUCACCACCAAGCUCCAGCAGUGUCAGAACCAACUGGACCAAGCAAAGGCCCAUUUAGAACAAACUAAGACUGAUCUCCAUCAGAGUCGGGACCAAGCAAGUCACCUCCAAACCCAGCUGGCCCAGAGUCAGACCCAGCUCCUUCAGACCAAAGCUGAACUGGAACAGACCAGAGUCCAGUACGAGCAGACCAGAGCACAGAACGGUCAGCUCCAUGCACAGCAGGAGCAGCUCAUCGCCCAGUUAAACCAGACCAGAGUCCAGAUGGCUGAGCUCCAGACUCAGCUCCAUGUCUCUGAGAAGUCCAUGGAGACCUCCAAUGAGUCCCUGCUCAUCAAGGAGUCUGAGGUGACUCGUCUCCAAGCCAGAAUUUCCAGCCUGGAACGAGCAGCCGAUCGCCAGAGUCUCACUCUCUACAACCACACACUCUCCCUCUCUGCUCUGCACAAACUCACACAUUCUCCAGACCGACCCCCACCUCCCGCUCACUCCCCUCCAUUCUCCCCCCAAAAAACUCAACCAGCUGUCUGUUCUCCUCCACGCAGUCACUCCUCUCACCUCCAUCACACAUACGCUGAUCCGUCCUCAGCUCCUCACCUUCACAGCGGCAGCAGCGACUCCUCCCUCGACCUCCCCCUGACCCUGAAGGCCACUUUGAAGGAGGCGCUGAGUCAGCAGCCGUGGGAGGCGUCCUCCUCCUCCUCUAUUUCCCCUUUCCCGGACACAGUGGACCACAGCUGGCAGGGCCUCAGUGCCACAGACGCCACUGUGACCUCUGACCUCUCCUUCAACCCUCUCACAUACAUGGUGGACAAGCAAGACGACAGCCACCUGAACAUGGACGCCACUCUGAGGACGGAGGGAGAAGAGGAGCAGAUGAGUGAUUCGAGGAGGGAGUCAGUGGGGACACUGGUAGGGGAGGAGGACCAGGUGGAUUUGGGUUCACUGACAGGGAUGCUGAGGUUUGUGAACCAGACGUUAGCUAAGCAGGACGACGCUUCUUUAUGGAGUUCCACAGGGUUCUCACACACAAGAACAUCACAGGUUUGAAGGAGGACAGAAGCUCUGCUCUGCUGCUGAUUCAGGGUCAGUUAAACAGUCAUCGUAAAGGAGACAUGAAGCUGUGCCACCGCAGAGACGUAACCACGGAGACCAGCUGUUUACAUUGUCGUGUGUGUCUGUAUAUAUGUAAUAUAGUAGUACACUCAUUAAAGUUAAUGUUAUAAAAUCACACUGUGACAUGGAUAAUGUCCCAGUUCAGGAUCAGAACUACUUCUCUCUACACUGUGAUAUUUUUAUGUAAUAUGAUUGUGUUUAUAGAAAUGCAGAGUUUAUUUUACAACUUACUAUUUAUGUUUUUUUACCUACAUUUUUAACAAGGGAAGUAAGUGAAUAAAUCCAGUUUUUCUAUUGA